CUGACUGAGCCUGAACUGACUGAGCCUUUGUGCAACAGGCUGCCAGCGCUUUGUAUCACCCCCCCAUUCAUUGACAACUUGCAACCCGACACACAGGACUGCGGCACACACAUCCAAUCGUAACGAAUCGCAGCGACACUUUCCUGCCACUUGGACUGUGACUUGUGAAAAAGUUGUAAGGCUGAAGGACUUUGCUCCGCGCAGAGGAACUGCUGGUUACAACAUCAUCUACUAACAGAAGUCACCGAGUUGUGCGCAACCCUGGGCAGCCUGGAUCUAAAGAAAAUCGUCUCUAGCUGCUCGUCUAGCAUGCAGAACUACAAGUAUGACAAAGCCAUGGGCCCCGACAGCAGGAACGGGGGCACCGCAACACUAAACAACAACAAUGGCAGCAGCAACUGCAGGAGGGUCCUGCUCAUACUCCUGGAUGUCUUCUGUCUCAUAGUGGCUGGGCUUCCUUUCCUGAUAAUUGAAACUAGCACUAUCCAACCAUACCGUCGAGGGUUUUACUGUGGUGAUGAAAGUAUCAAGUAUCCUGCCAAUACAGGAGAAACCAUUAGUGAUGCUGUGCUCUCUGCUGUUGGCAUUCUUAUUGCCAUCCUUGCUAUAAUAGUGGGAGAAUUUUUCCGUAUCCACUACUUAAAAGAGAGACCUCACUCCUUCAUCCAGAAUCCUUAUGUGGCUGCCCUGUACAAGCAAGUCGGCUGCUUUGUCUUUGGCUGUUCUGUUAGUCAGUCCUUCACAGACAUUGCCAAGGUGGCUAUUGGGCGGCUGCGCCCACAUUUCCUAAAAGUCUGUGAUCCAGACUUCAGUAUUAUCGACUGCAGCUUGGGAUACAUUGAAAAUUAUGAAUGCAGAGGGCCUCCAAACAAAGUCAUGGAAGCCAGAAAGUCAUUUUUCUCUGGUCACGCUUCAUUUUCUAUGUACACGAUGCUGUACUUGGUGCUUUAUCUACAAUCACGGUUUACCUGGAGAGGUGCUCGUCUGUUACGCCCCCUCCUGCAGUUCACCCUGCUCAUGAUGGCAUUCUACACAGGACUGUCUCGGGUUUCUGACCACAAGCAUCACCCCUCAGAUGUGCUAGCAGGUUUCGUGCAAGGAGCCCUGGUUGCUUACUGUAUAGUGUUUUAUGUAUCAGAUCUCUUCAAAACUCCAAAGAAGAGCUGCACUCCUACUAUAGUCAAGAAGGAAAUCCUCUCACCUGUGGAUAUCAUUGAGAGAAAUAUUGUAUAAAAACCACAACCCAAUUGCAAAUUAACUUCUGACAGUGAAUACAACUACCUGCUGCUCUCAAAUCUCAUCAGACAGUAGAAUGUAGGGAAAGACUUUUUUACCCAACCAGAAGAGCAAAAAGUCCACUAUGAGGCCUUUCAAUUGCAACUUUGCAUGAGACAAGUGAUGGUCAACUAAAUGUAGAUGCAAAGCAAUGGGAAACCUGGGUUGGAAUUCCGGAUGUGCAAUUGGUUUUUACAUGUUCAUGUUAUAAUGAACAGGUUUCGUUCAUAUGUUUAUGAACACCACACGUUUUAAUGUAAAGGGAGUCAUCUUGGAAUCUUCAUUUCUUGGCUUAUAGGAAAGCUCAAAACAAACAACAGCACUAUAUAUAUUUAGUAAAAAGUAGCACUGAUUAUGAUCAGGAUGCCAUCCUUUGGAGUAUCCUUAUCCUUGAUGUCAUUGGCCUUUGCAAUUCUGAUUAUUUGGCCAGUGUUAUGUAGAGGUGGUUGACAAUAUCAGAGGGUUCUCUCUGUGCAUUGUGUGCAAAGAAAAUAUAAAAGAUCUGCAUUUUGUAAUAAUCUAUAAUUAUAGUUAUAGCCAAGUCAGAUAUUUCCCUGAGGACGUUUACAACAAAUGUCUGUCCUGUGAAUUUUGACACUGAACUGAGCAGGAAGGAAAAAGACCUCCAAAAAGGAUUAUGCAACCUCGGGUUUUUAGGGUUCAUUUAAAGCAAACUCAAGAGAUCCCUUUGGUGGAAAACAUUAAUGGUCUGUCUUGCUUGAGAUAUUAGCACUAUGAACUUUGGGGUCGAUACCCAGUGAAUAUUAAUGCAAAGGAUUUGACAUGGUCUGCUGGACAGAACAUCCAAAUUGCAAAUUUUGUUUUCAUCUGUGCAGUCUCUUCUUUCAAUUAAGGGUUCUUUAAAGAAGCCAUAGCAUUUCAUGAAAUUAGAAUCCAUUUUUCAUACUGUUUAUUUUCUGCUCAUGUAGAAACCACAAUACCAGUUUUUAACUAAAUACACACAUUUUAAAGGGCUACGUUGAGAAGGGAUUAAAAACAGUAUAUUCUGACCAUUUGCACAUCCUUUUACUGGAGAAUCCGUCCAAUCAUUUCAAGUAUAGCAAGCUAUGAUUUUUUUAUAUAUAAAUAUUAUAUAAAUAUUGUACAAAGCAUUAAAAUUUAACUAUGUAAAAUAUUAUUUCUGAAAACAAUUUUAGAUAUAUCCACUAUGAUCAUAAACUGUGUCUUGACCUGUGUUAUGUUGCUGCUUAAAGCACCAGUUUAAUUUUUGUAUAGUCAACUAAAAUAUUGUAGAUCUGUGGUAGUAAUUUCACUAAAAACUACAACUAGAGACAAUUGUAUAAAUGGUAUAAAUUGUCAGUAUUUUUGUAAUGUUUCAUUUUGUAAAAAAAUAAUAUUAUUCAAAUACAUUUGUAGAAUGCAAAUUUUAAUUUUUUUGCAGAAAUUGAUGUACAAUGAUGCUUUUUUUAAAAUAAAAGCUCAUAAUGUUUAAUAGUU